CUUGAAAGAACUUCCAGUAAUAUGCGAAGCUCAGAGAGCAAGCAAAGAAAGGAAAGAAACUAUCGGUAUAAAAUAAGGAUGAAUAAAGUAUGGGAUAUUCAAGCAUUCUAGCUCAAUAACAAUGAGGAGAGUUGACAACUUUCCUUUUCUUCUUUCCAAGAAAAAAUUUCCCUACAAGAUCGCUGUGUUGGCAAGUUCAUCACGAGAUUCAGAACACAAAAUGAAAUGAAAUAAUUUUAUGAAUGUUACGAGGGGACGGGCAACGCAUCCUCAGUUUUCCUGGCCUUCGAGUUAAGAGUCUAACUAUUAUGAGAAGUGAUAAAAUUUAUUUUGUAAGUCAGUGGGCUUGUACGUUAUCUGUUAAUUUGUGGAGUGAACCUCGCUAGAGCGAGUAGGGAAUUUAGCGAUUUGUAUGUUAACACCACACCAAUUUACACGUCAGUUCGGCGGUGUUCGUAGGCUGCUAGAGUCAAACCGGCAUGUGAUGGUUUUGUGAAUGUGAUACGGAUGUUUUGAGAUACUGAUUGUGGAAGAUACGCUUUAGAGUGUAAUGAGGAAAACGUAACAUACACAUUUUAUGUGUAGACGCGUAACUUCGGUGUUGUAAAAUUUUGGGUACUAUAACCUGUGAUAAUAAUUAUGAACAUGUGCUUUACGACAUUUGUGGGUAUAAUUAUUUUCAUUGUAUUUCCAUUCAGUGAAGUUUCUAGUCUGGGAGAAGUAAUUUACGCUAUUAAUGCUGGAGGUGACGCUCACGUCGAUAGUUAUGGUGUUAGGUUUGAAAGAGAUCCCUUGCAAGGCAAGGUUGGAACAGCCUCGGACUAUGGCAAACAAUUAGUAAUAGGUCGGGUGAUACCAAGAGACCAAGUUUUAUAUCAGACAGAGCGCUAUCAUCAUAGUACUUUCGGUUAUGACAUUCCAAUUCAGGAAGAUGGAGACUAUGUUAUGAUUCUCAAGUUUUGUGAAGUGUAUUUUAAUGCCCCCAACAUGAAGGUCUUUGAUGUUGUUUUAAAUGGUGACAUCACCAUAGUUCCAGAUUUGGAUAUAUAUGAUAGAGUUGGAAGAGGCAUAGCUCAUGAUGAGUACAUUCCGUUUAGUGUGGUAAAAGGACGUUUGUAUUACAAUGAAGAGGAGUCAGAUAUAAGAGGUGGAAGAAUUAGAGUUGAGUUUAUAAAAAGUUACCGAGACAACCCUAAGAUUAAUGCUAUUGCAGUUAUGAAGGGAAAGUUGGAAGAUGCACCUAAACUUCCUCCAUUGGCAAGCGAACCAGAAACUGAUGAAAUUAGAGUGGAAGAAGAAGAGAAAAAAACAAACAAAAAUCGCCGUCCCAGUGGGCCAAGAACCCCUGACCCAUACUCGGUUGAUGAUACGUCCAUUAUGCUACCAGUGUUUGUUGCCAUAGGUGCUUUUAUUCCAUUACUUUUUUGUUUGUGCAAACUUUAACAAAAUAUGAGAAAUGCUGAGAUUCAGCUCAUUUACUCUACAAAAUGUUUAUUACACAAGGCGAUUGUUCUUUUAAUUUGGAGAAAGGGUUGGCAAACAGAAAAUUUCUGACUGAAAGUAGGCAGGAAUACAGCUACUUCUGUAUAUGGUGUGUAAAUUGAGACUCCUGGGAUCCUCGUGGGAUUGUGUGGAACAUGCUUAUGAGAACAACAUGAAAUAUAAUUAUUUCCCUGUAUCGUUUUGUUCUCAAUUCUGGUUUUUCAGCAGUUGUGUAAUCCGCUACUAUUGGUCGGCUGGUUGGCCGGGUUGGCCGUCGCCAUUUACGCGACGCAGGAGACGAUCUUCGGGGUGAAUUGUUCUCGUCGUUUUCGGCGACAGGGGAGUACCCUGCCCCCCACAAUAUUUUUCCCGUUCGAACGUGCUUUAAGCAUUCUAUCGUGCUAGUGAAUACCGGGAAAAGGUAUUUUAUUGUUCAUAACGCUUAAUCAUGGCUUGCUGAAAAAAUGUCGUUCUUGAAGCUGAUGGUCGUAUCUCCUCGCGGAGAAUUUUUCUCCAAAAACCUUAACGUAGAUGUUAGAGGAUUGUACUAUGGAAAAGAAAUCAAGUCGAUCAGGUCAACCCCCGGUAAAGGGGAAUGGAACUGAGUCUAAGAAGAACCCAGAUACUGUUGGCAGCAAAAUCUUCCCGAAAACUUCUCGUCGUCGUGAGCCUGGCAAUUCUCAAAAUGCAAAAUAUGAGACCAACAGGAAGCCUGUUCCUCAAAAAAACAAAUCAUUUGACAAAAGACCCAAACCAAGGGGACAGUAUUAUGGCUGUGGAAAGGAGGAUUCCAAGGUAGCAGAAGAUGAAGUGGAAUGUGGAGGAAUCUAUGUGAAGAAAGAAGUUAAAAAGUUGAACUUGAACCAUCUGCUAAAUUUUCAUUAUGCUUCAAGAGAUUCAGUAAAUACUGGCCAGAGAAACUGGCGAGCUAAUCCUGGAGGAUGGGGUCGAAGUUAUGCCUCCAAAUCACUUAAGCAUAAGUACAACAAGGAGCAGUUUCUUCAAGCCAAUUGCCAGUUUGUGGUGAAGGCUGAUGGUGAUUAUUCAUCUUAUAUGAUGAAUCCUGACAUGUUGGUUGACUGGGAGUUAAUUGAACAGAUACAAUUGCGAAGUGCAGAAUUGUUAUCUUGCCCUAUAUGCUUAUAUCCACCAGUAGCAGCCAAAAUAACUCGAUGUGGGCAUGUCUUCUGCUGGUCUUGUAUUCUACACUAUCUAGCACUUUCUGAUAAAUCAUGGCGGAAGUGUCCCAUUUGUUAUGAGACCGUUGUCAAGAAUGACCUUAAAAGCGUUAUUGCUGUUCCUCACACUUCAUUUUCUGUUGGAGACAAAAUCACAUUGCAUCUGAUGAAACGAAAAAGAGGAUCGUUGAUUGCAUUACCUGUUAAUCAAAGUGAAAUUUGCCCAGCUGAUAAGUUGUUAUCGGUAUCAGAGAAACAAGUGGAUACAAAAUAUUCAAAAUUACUUUUAGCUUCAUCACAGGAGGAAUUAACUGCACAGUUGCAAGAAGUAAAAGGAUGUCCAGAAGCAUGCUUUGUUGAACAAGCUUUAGAACUGUUGAAGGAGAGGGCAGCUAUUUGUCGGGGUGAACAAGUUCUAUUUCAGCACCCUGUUUUGUCAGUCUCAGAAAUGACAACUGGUGACAGUGAAAUGUUUCCUAUGUGUGAAUCUUUGGAAGAUGGAAACAGUGUUGCACUGGAUGCAAGUAUUGAAAAUUCGGGAGGUUUUUUUAAUCACCCCCUUGUAAAUGAUAUAAACCAGAAUUUCACUGAUAAAUAUGACAUUGGUUCAGUUAAUCAUCAACGUUAUGAAAGUGUGAGUAGUGAAGGGGUAGAAAGUGAGGAUGGUGCAAUCACUGUUGAAGAUAUUGAAUUACCUCAGACAGACCAAUUGGCAUCUGCACUGGAAGGAUCAUCAACUAAAGAUUUCUACUUUUACCAAGCUGCUGAUGGUCAGCAUGUGUACCUCCAUGCUCUGAAUAUUCGUAUGCUUGUGCACUUUUAUGGAGGUCUGAAGGAUUGUCCUCUGAUCUUGACUGGUCAAAUUGUAGAAAAAGAAGCUGGUUCUAUGACUGAAGAGUUACGACAGAGACUUCGAUAUUUGCAACACCUUCCAAUUACUUGUCAGUUUGAAGUAGUGGAAUUACAAUUGAGGCCUCCAAUUGUGAAUAGAGAGACCAUAGAUUAUUUUCAAGAUCAGCUGGAAAUUCGUAAACGCCGGCGUCUCCGAAGAGCUCGUGAUGAACGUAGGCGAGAGAAGCGCAUAAAUGAACAGGAGAAUAAACAUUGGGGCAGGCUUCCUGCUCCAGACAUUUCUAUUGAUUCACAUUUUCAGUUUCCUUCAUGUGGUGUGGAGGUGGAAAAUAUUGGAUCAAAUAUUCCUGCACCGACACCAUCUAGUUCAGGGAGCAGCCCAGCUCAUUCAUAUGAUGUAUUUUCUUCAGUAUCUUCAGCAUUGGAAAAUGUGUCUAUUGAUGAAAACUCGCUUCCAGAAUUUUCAACCAGCCCGGAAAGUAAAAAUAAUGGUUCUUCAUCUGGACCUUCGUUUGCACAGAUGCUUCGCAGUGGAAAAAGCAAAUGGCCUUCUGUCAGUGAGAAGAAAAAGCAUAAAGAGCAUCACAUGCUUGGACAAAAGCAGUAUGCAGGUCCAGAUAGUGAUCCAGAAUAUGAAGGAUAUACUCCUGUGAAACAGAGCUUUGGUGAUGCUAUUGCUGAAGCAAUGGAAAGAGCAGCAGCGAUGGCUGCUGCAUCUACAUCAGCAAAAGAUGAGAUGCAAGAUGAUCCUGGAAGUUCUGGAAAGAAGAAAAAGAAACAAAAGCAGAAACUUUUGUUUGCUACUGGUAUGGCAUGUAUCACUAUGCUGCUUCAAGCAAGAACAGUAUUGGAAAUGACCCAGCAAUUGACAAAGUACAAAAACAUCAUUCGCAAAAGCUGCUUUACUAAUUUCCAAAAGAUUAACAAAUCAUUUAAAAAACAAGAAACUGAAAAUCAAAUUCCUGAUUUUAAGGAAGUGAUAUUUACAAUGGAUUCUUUUUUUGCACUUUCUUUGCAAGGGAACCAUAUUUUAAAGACAUUAAAAAAGAACUGGUUUAAACUAAAAAAAGAAAUGUCUCACGGGAACUAUCAAGGGCCUGGUGAUUUGCCAAUGAGUUCAGCAAAGGAUUCAACUUUAUUAUGGCAACAAAAUUCGUAUUUAGGAGACUCUGGAAUUCAUUCUGGAGCAACCACACAGGCACCAUCACUAACUGGGAAGGAAGAAGACAUGGAAUCAGAUGGACUAAUGUUUGAUCUUGAUCAAGGCUUCACUCAAGGAUUUACUCAAGAUCAAGUUGAUGAAAUGAAUCAACAAUUAAGUCAGACUCGAUCUCAGAGAGUUCGAGCUGCUAUGUUCCCAGAGACCUUGGAAGAAGGAAUUGAAAUUCCCUCAACCCAAUUCGAUCCAGCUCAACCAACUGCAGUUCAAAGGCUUGCUGAACCAAGUCAGAUGCUUAAACACGCUGUUGUAAACUUGAUUAACUAUCAGGAUGAUGCAGAUUUAGCCACUCGUGCCAUCCCUGAAUUGAUAAAGCUCUUAAAUGAUGAAGAUCAGGUGGUUGUAUCUCAGGCUGCCAUGAUGGUACACCAGCUAUCCAAGAAAGAAGCAUCACGUCAUGCAAUAAUGAAUAGUCCUCAGAUGGUGGCUGCUCUUGUACGUGCCAUUUCAAAUAGCAAUGAUUUAGAAUCCACCAAAGCUGCUGUUGGCACAUUGCAUAAUUUAUCGCAUCAUCGUCAAGGUUUAUUGGCAAUAUUUAAAAGUGGUGUAGAAUCAGUACUUUUCUAUGCUAUCACUACUCUGCACAAUCUUCUUCUCCAUCAAGAAGGCUCCAAAAUGGCUGUACGACUUGCUGGAGGUUUACAAAAAAUGGUUGCACUUUUGCAACGCAAUAAUGUUAAAUUCUUGGCCAUUGUCACAGACUGUCUGCAGAUUUUGGCUUAUGGUAAUCAGGAAAGCAAGCUCAUCAUUCUUGCAUCACAGGGACCUGUUGAACUUGUUCGCAUUAUGCGAUCUUAUGAUUAUGAGAAGUUGUUAUGGACCACUUCUCGAGUAUUGAAAGCUGGUGGAAUGCAAGCAUUGGCAAUGCAUCUGGGUCAUCCAAGUCAAAGGCUGGUGCAGAAUUGCUUGUGGACUCUGAGAAAUUUGUCAGAUGCUGGGACAAAAGUGGACGGCUUGGAAGGUUUAUUGCAGAGUCUUGUUCAACUCUUGUCAUCAACCGAUGUGAAUGUAGUGACAUGUGCAGCUGGUAUUUUGUCAAAUUUAACUUGCAACAAUCAGCGCAAUAAAGUCACUGUUUGCCAAGUUGGUGGAGUGGAUGCUCUUGUACGCACAAUAUGUAAUGCUGGAGAGCGUGAGGAAAUUACAGAACCUGCUGUCUGUGCUUUACGUCAUCUGACAUCUCGUCAUGUUGAGUCAGAAAUGGCACAGAAUGGUGUACGUCUCAAUUAUGGAAUGCAGGUUAUUGUGAAAUUACUGCAAGCACCGUCCCGUUGGCCAUUGGUUAAAGCUGUAAUUGGACUCAUUCGCAACUUAGCUCUCUGUCCAGCAAAUCAUACUCCAUUACGUGAUAAUGGAGCUAUCCAUCACCUUGUUCGUCUUCUCAUGAGAGCUUUCCAAGAUAUACAGAGGCAACGUUCUUCAGUGGCUAGUGGUGGAAGCCAACAACCAGGAGCAUAUGCAGAUGGUGUUAGAAUGGAAGAGAUAGUGGAAGGAACUGUGGGUGCAUUGCACAUCUUGGCCAGAGAGUCCAAUAAUCGGGCUAUUAUCAGAAGUCAAAUGGUUAUCCCAAUCUUUGUGCAGCUAUUGUUCAAUGAAAUUGAAAAUAUCCAGCGUGUUGCUGCUGGGGUCCUUUGCGAGUUGGCUGCUGACAAGGAGGGUGCCGAAAUGAUUGAACAAGAGGGAGCCACUGCUCCUCUCACAGAGCUGCUUCAUUCACGAAAUGAAGGUGUUGCUACUUAUGCUGCAGCUGUAUUAUUCCGAAUGUCAGAAGAUAAACCUCAGGAUUACAAGAAAAGAUUGUCCAUGGAACUGACCAAUUCCUUAUUCCGAGAAGACCAGAAUAUGUGGAAUGGUGGCGAUUUGGGCAUGGGUCCAGAUUUACAGGACAUGCUUGGUCCUGACCAGGGCUAUGAUGGUAUGUAUGGACAAGGCCCACCUAGUGUUCAUAGCAGUCAUGGUGGAAGGCCUUAUCAGCAACAAGGUUAUGACACGAUACCAAUAGACUCAAUGCAAGGCCUGGAGAUUGGAUCACAUCAUGGCCCUGGUGGAGGUGGUGGUGGUGGUGGCUCCACAUAUGGUCCAAUGGACCCUAUGGAUAUGGCUGGGCCUGAUUCAGCAGACCUCAAUUUUGACCACUUGGAUGAGCUGCCACAACCACCACAGGAUAACAACCAGGUUGCUGCCUGGUAUGACACAGACCUGUAGUACAGACAAAAACAACUAAGCCCUGCACCUAAUUGUUACCCAAUUAGAUCAUCACAGACUUUGUUGUAAUAAUGCUAGUUAUUUUGAUUUUGUAGUGGUAGUAUUGUGUCAUACUACACAAAAGUUCUUUAUGGUUUUUCAUAAUUUUAUCAAGUGAUUGAAAAAAAUAUUUAAGAAUAAUGUGAAAGUAGAGGAAACGAGUAUGUAGAAACUCUAAUGUAACUUUAUGUGUAUGUUCGCUGACUGGUCCAUUUUGCUUUGAUAACAAUAUCUAAGAUGUACCAGGGACCACACUUUCUUAGUUGGGAAUAAAUAUUAUUUUUAUGUUAUUUAUAAUUUAAAAGAACUUGUUUUAUGUUGACUGGUGUGAAUGCUCCUUUUGGUUUUAUAAUUGAAGUCCCUGUUGUGGAAAUGGUUUUAGAACUUUUUACCACUACUUUUGAAAGACAUAGCAUUCUAAGAAUUUCAGUAUUAACUGCUGAUCAGGAUUGAACUAUUUUAAUGACCAGCAUUCCAAGGUUGACCUUUGUGCAUCAGUCUUGUGUAGAGCUGCAGUGAGAAUUCAACAUUAAGCAUAUUUCGUGUGAAUUGAGAAUGUAGUGUUACUGAGAAUAUGUAUAUUUCAUACCUCCCAGAGAUUUCUCAUUUCCUAAAAUUGCUGUCUCCUCUGUAUUCUGAAUGUUGUCAGCAAGGAGUCACAAUUGUCUUCUUUAAGUUCCCUCAUUCUUAAAUUCCUGAAUGUUGGUGGAAAGUGUUCUGAAUGCAAUGUAUAGUGUGAACUAAUACUAACCUGUGGCUAAUAUAGAAAAGUGAUUACGAGGAAAAUUUUUACAUGUUCAUUUAGUGAAAAAAAUUAAAUGAUUAGCAUUCUGAAUAUUUUGAAUUUGUGUUUCUCUUAUAGAAGCGUUCUGCAUGUGAUUUACAUUCUUUGAAUGUGUAUGUGUGCCAUGUUAUAAUAUUAUUCUGUCACUUUCCACCAAUUCAGUUGAAUAGAUGUAGAAGUAACAUCAUGUUGCAUGCUUAGUAAACUAUAAUAUUAACAUUAUAUUGCACAAUUUUUGUCCUGCCUUCUGUCUGUAUAUUUAUGAACUUGAUAUAAAUGCUCCAUGCAAAAACAACAGGGUAGAGAAUGUUUCUGGACUCAUUGUGUACACAUUACACUUAAACAUUUCAUCGAUGUACUCUUUUUAUAGAUGGAUAUAAAAUAAAAUUAUUGAAGAAUAAUUACUUUUUCUUAUUUAGUAUCCUACUGAAGUUUGAAUGAAAUGUUGAUAUUAAUAUUGAAUGUGAAAUUCAAAGGAAGAUGUAUUGAUGUACUUGAGAUAUGUAAUUGAAGUUUUUGCAUUUGAUCUUGCAUGAAGGAG